UCACUUCCCCAGCCAGGAGGCGGUCUCUCUCAGGAAGCCUUCGGUGUUUUCACUUUCUCAGGAUCUCUUCUGACAUGCUCCUAACUUCUCCAUCUGCUUUGGAUUUCGGCGUCUCCUUCAUGGCGUCUUCUCUAGAAGAUGAUCUCUCGUGCCCGGUGUGUUGUGAUCUUUAUAAGGAUCCUCAGCUCCUCUACUGUGGACACACUUUCUGUCGCCAAUGCCUCAACAAACACUGGGCUGUAAACACCAGUCGGUCAUGUCCCGUAUGCCGCAGGGUGUGUGCACAGGAACCCGUGUCCAACCUGGCUCUGAGGAACACCAGCGAGUCCUAUCAGAGGGAGAAGGAAAGGGAGAGAAAGGAGCAAGAAAGCAACAGUGAAGUCAGAUGUUCUCAGCAUGGAGACAAAGUCCAGUAUUUCUGUAAAACUGAUGAUGAGGUCAUUUGUACAAAGUGCAGGAAAGAAAGUCACAGAUCGCACAGAAUUCAGCUUCUCACAAAUGCUGUACAACAACACAAGGUGCGAAUUAAAGCUGCUCUCCGUCCAACUGAAAAAGCUUUGCAGUCUCUAAAGAAUGGCACUUGUCAAAAAGCUCAAACGGUCAAGUACAUUCAGUCUCAGGCCCAGCAGGCAGAGAAGCAGAUUAAAGCAGAAUUUGAGAAGUUUCACCAUUUCCUCCGUAAGGAAGAGGAGGCCAGACUGAGAGCACUGAAGAAAGAAGUGGAGAAAAAGCGAGGGAAGGUGGAGGAAAGGAUCGAAAAAGACAUAUUGCGCCUUUCUGACAAAGUGAGGGAGAUGGAAGAAGAAAUGGAAACUGAAGAUUCCAGAUUCAUGCAGAAUUAUAAAUUUAUUCUGCAGAGAGCUCAAUACACAACCUUAGAUUCAGAGUUCAGUUCAGAAAAUCUCAUUAACAUGGCAGAACAUGUGGGGAAUCUGGGACACCGGGUAUGGGAGAAGAUGACGGAUAUCUUUCUUUACUAUCCGAUCCUCCUAGAUGUGAACAGUGCUCCUGAGGACUUUUUCGUAUCAGAUGACCUGGCAAGUGUAGGAAAGUCAUUCCACAUCCGUCCGAACCCUGUUCCCUUUCAGGAGAACCGUUUGGUUCUGGGAUCUGAGGGAUACAGUGAUGGCUUUCAUUGCUGGAACAUCGAGGUGGGAGACAGUAAGCACUGGACUAUCGGUGUGUGUCGACGCUCGGCAAACAUGAAUUUGGUGGAACCUUUGUCCGCUGAAUUGGGCUUCUGGGGUCUUAGUAGAAAAGGGGACUCCUACAUGCUCCUGUUGUCCUACCCAAACUCUUUCCGGAUACGCAGGAAGCCAAGAACAGUGCAGGUGCAACUGGGAUGGUGGUAUACCAUAGGCAGCGUGAACAUUUGUCGGAUGGUGAGAUUUGUGGAUGUCAGCGAUGGAUCUCUGAUUGCAUGUUAUACUGGAAUUCCUGAUGGCGUGCUGUUGUUUCCAUUCCUGAUCCCAAAAGAGCGUCUUUCUCAUCUACGCAUUGCUCCAGCUAGUCCAGCGCUGGUCUUAGAGCACACAUUUGUAGAGAGACAGAAACACCAGAUUGCUGAUUACAUAUUCUAUUUGUUUAUAGGGGGCUUGAUUAUUUGGGUGUGCUUGUUUGGAGUGAGUGAGUGAGUGAGUGAGUGAGUAUAUAAGUGAGUGAGUGGGUGAGUGGGUGAGUGAGUUAAUGAGUGAGUGAGUGAUUGAGUAUAUAAGUGAGUGAGUAAGUGAGUGAGUGAGUGAUUGAGUGAGUGAUUGAGUAUAUAAAUGAGUGAGUAAGUGGGUGAGUGAGUGAGUUAAUGAGUGAGUGAGUUAAUGAGUGAGUGAGUGAGUAAGUGAGUGAGUGAGUGAGUGAGUUAAUGAGUGAGUGAGUGAGUUAAUGAGUGAGUGAGUUAAUGAGUGAGUGAGUGAGUGAGUUAAUGAGUGAGUGAGUGAGAGUGAGUGUGUGAGUGAGUGAGUGAGUUAAUGAGUGAGUUAAUGAGUGAGUGAGUGAGUGAGUGAGUUAAUGAGUGAGUGAGUGUGUGAGUGAAUGAGUGAGUGAGUUAAUGAGUGAGUGAGUGAGUUAAUGAGUGAGUGAGUGAGUGAGUGAGUGAGUGAGUGAGUGAGUUAAUGAGUGAGUGAGUGAGUUAAUGAGUUAAUGAGUGAGUGAGUGAGUGAGUUCAUGAGUGUGGAUUUAAAAAAGAGAACUGCAACAUUGUAGACAGAAACACCAGAUUGCUGAUUACAUAUUCUAUUUGUUUAUAGGGGGCUUAAUUAUUUGGGUGUGCUUGUUUGGAGUGAGUGAGUGAGUGAGUGAGUGAGUGAGUGGGUGAGUGAGUUAAUGAGUGAGUGAGUGAUUGAGUAUAUAAGUGAGUGAGUAAGUGGAUGAGUGAGUGAGUGAUUGAGUGAGUGAUUGAGUAUAUAAAUGAGUGAGUAAGUGAGUGAGUGAGUGAGUGAGUUAAUGAGUGAGUGAGUGAGUGAGUGAGUUAAUGAGUGAGUGAGAGAGUUAAUGAGUGAGUGAGUUAAUGAGUGAGUGAGUGAGUGAGUGAGUUAAUGAGUGAGUGAGUGAGUGAGUGAGUUAAUGAGUGAGUGAGUGAGUGAGUGUGUGAGUGAGUGAGUGAGUGAGUUAAUGAGUGAGUUAAUGAGUGAGUUAAUGAGUGAGUGAGUGAGUUAAUGAGUGAGUGAGUGAGUGAGUGAGUGAGUGAGUUAAUGAGUGAGUGAGUGAGUUAAUGAGUUAAUGAGUGAGUGAGUGAGUGAGUGAGUUCAUGAGUGUGGAUUUAAAAAAGAGAACUGCAACAUUGUAGAGAGACAGAAACACCAGAUUGCUGAUUACAUAUUCUAUUUGUUUAUAGGGGGCUUGAUUAUUUGGGUGUGCUUGUUUGGAGUGAGUGAGUGAGUGAGUGAGUGAGUAUAUAAGUGAGUGAGUGGGUGAGUGAGUUAAUGAGUGAGUGAGUGAUUGAGUAUAUAAAUGAGUGAGUAAGUGGGUGAGUGAGUGAGUUAAUGAGUGAGUGAGUUAAUGAGUGAGUGAGUUAAUGAGUGAGUUAAUGAGUGAGUGAGUUAAUGAGUGAGUGAGUUAAUGAGUGAGUUAAUGAGUGAGUGAGUUAAUGAGUGAGUUAAUGAGUAAGUGAGUGAGUGAGUGAGUGAGUUAAUGAGUGAAUGAGUGAGUGAGUGAGUUAAUGAGUGAGUGAGUGAGUGAGUGAGUGAGCAAGUUAAUGAGUGAUUGAGUAAGUGAGUGAGUUAAUGAGUGAGUGAGUGAGUUAAUGAGUGAGUGAGUGAGUGAGUGAGUUAAUGAGUGAGUGAGUGAUUGAGUAUAUAAAUGAGUGAGUAAGUGGGUGAGUGAGUGAGUUAAUGAGUGAGUGAGUGAGUUAAUGAGUGAGUGAGUUAAUGAGUGAGUUAAUGAGUGAGUGAGUUAAUGAGUGAGUGAGUUAAUGAGUGAGUUAAUGAGUGAGUGAGUUAAUGAGUGAGUUAAUGAGUAAGUGAGUGAGUGAGUGAGUGAGUUAAUGAGUGAGUGAGUGAGUGAGUGAGUGAGCAAGUUAAUGAGUGAUUGAGUAAGUGAGUGAGUUAAUGAGUGAGUGAGUGAGUUAAUGAGUGAGUUAAUGAGUGAGUGAGUGAGUGAGUGAGUGAGUUAAUGAGUGAGUUAAUGAGUAAGUGAGUGAGUGAGUUAAUGAGUGAGUUAAUGAGUGAGUGAGUGAGUUAAUGAGUGAGUUAAUGAGUGAGUUAAUGAGUGAGUAAGUGAGUGAGUUAAUGAGUGAGUUAAUGAGUAAGUGAGUGAGUGAGUGAGUGAGUGAGUUAAUGAGUGAGUAAGUGAGUGAGUGAGUUAAUGAGUGAGUUAAUGAGUGAGUAAGUGAGUGAGUGAGUGAGUUAAUGAGUGAGUGAGUUAAUGAGUGAGUGAGUGAGUGAGUGAGUUAAUGAGUGAGUUAAUGAGUGAGUAAGUGAGUGAGUGAGUGAGUUAAUGAGUGAGUGAGUUAAUGAGUGAGUGAGUGAGUGAGUUAAUGAGUGAGUGAGUGAGUGAGUGAGUGAGUUAAUGAGUGAGUGAGUGAGUGAGUUAAUGAGUGAGUGAGUGAGUGAGUGAGUUAAUGAGUGAGUUAAUGAGUGAGUGAGUGAGUGAGUUAAUGAGAGAGUGAGUGAGUGAGUUAAUGAGUGAGUGAGUGAGUGAGUGAGUGAGUGAGUUAAUGAGUGAGUUAAUGAGUGAGUGAGUGAGUUAAUGAGUGAGUGAGUGAGUUAAUGAGAGAGUGAGUGAGUGAGUGAGUUAAUGAGUGAGUGAGUGAGUGAGUGAGUUAAUGAGUGAGUGAGUGAGUGAGUGAGUUAAUGAGUGAGUUAAUGAGUGAGUGAGUGAGUGAGUGAGUUAAUGAGUGAGUGAGUGAGUGAGUGAGUGAGUGAGUGAGUUAAUGAGUGAGUUAAUGAGUGAGUGAGUGAGUGAGUGAGUGAGUUAAUGAGUGAGUGAGUGAGUGAGUGAGUGAGUUAAUGAGUGAGUUAAUGAGUGAGUGAGUGAGUGAGUGAGUUAAUGAGUGAGUGAGUGAGUGUGUGAGUGAGUGAGUGAGUUAAUGAGUGAGUGAGUGAGUGAGUGAGUGAGUGAGUUAAUGAGUGAGUUAAUGAGUGAGUGAGUGAGUGAGUGAGUGAGUUAAUGAGUGAGUGAGUGAGUGAGUGAGUUAAUGAGUGAGUUAAUGAGUGAGUGAGUGAGUUAAUGAGAGAGUGAGUGAGUGAGUGAGUUAAUGAGUGAGUGAGUGAGUUAAUGAGUGAGUGAGUGAGUGAGUGAGUGAGUGAGUGAGUGAGUUAAUGAGUGAGUUAAUGAGUGAGUGAUUGAGUUAAUGAGUGAGUUAAUGAGUGAGUGAUUGAGUGAGUGAGUGAGUGAGUGAGUGAGUUAAUGAGUGAGUGAGUGAGUUAAUGAGUGAGUGAGUGAGUUAAUGAGUGAGUGAGUGAGUUAAUGAGAGAGUGAGUGAGUGAGUGAGUGAGUGAGUGAGUGAGUUAAUGAGUGAGUGAGUGAGUUAAUGAGUGAGUGAGUGAGUUAAUGAGUGAGUGAGAGAGUUAAUGAGUGAGUGAGUUAAUGAGUGAGUGAGUGAGUGAGUGAGUGAGUGAGUGAGUUAAUGAGUGAGUUAAUGAGUGAGUGAUUGAGUGAGUGAUUGAGUUAAUGAGAGAGUGAGUGAGUGUGGAUUUAAAAAAGAGAACUGCAACAUUGUGAAACUUUGCCAUAAAUGUACUCUUAUUUAUAAGCAUUUCAAAGCCGCUUCUAAUGCAGUACAAAAUCUGGAUAUUUCAGUAUUAUUCUUGGAAAAACAUGUUUGAGUUGUGAACUGUACAUAAAUCAAUCAAUCAAUAAAUAAAAUUUAAAUUAUCAUUAUACCUUA